UGUCAAAUAAAGCUUUUAAAUCGACAGUAAACAAAAAAAUCCUACACAGCUGAAAACAAACUGCCGUUACUACAGGCGCGUUUACGUGUCUUGUUGCUACGGCAACUAGUAUCCAGGAAGUUUGUUUACCCUAGCAACCUCGAAAACACUUCUUACGGCUAGCAGGCUCCAAACUAGCGUUAUCUAGUUAACCGCCUCACAUUAUUAUCAUCAUUAGCAGUAAGUCUGUGUGUCAGGUAGCAGAGAUGGACUCCAGCACUUUGCUGUAUUCGCUGGAUUUGGUGUGUGGGAACGGGCUGACCCUGAGCACCGAGCACCGAGCAGCCCUGCACACCUCUCUGCUCAUCCUGAAGACAAACUACAAAUUCAACCGAGUCCUGUUUUGGGGAAAGAUCCUAGGAAUUAAAAAUGAUUAUUUCAUUGCCCAGGGGGUUGGAGAAGAUGAAAUGAGAGACAGAAAGUGUUUAUACAGUUUUAACUGCAUGGAUUGGCACUUGCUCCCUCUUGCCACUGAGGCCCUGAUAGCAGAGGUGGCUGUAGCGGCUAAGGGACGUUUUAUGGGUGAUCCUUCACACCAAUACGAGCACGCUGAGAUACGGCACCAGGGAGAGGGAGAUAACGCUGUGGAGGAGGAAGUCAUGGUGAAGGUGAGUGAAGAGAAAAGGCUAGCUGUGACUGUGUUUACCAUCGAUAAAGAGGUGGCUGUUGUACCACGUGGCGCAUACAUUAAGAGCCCUCAUGGCACUGUACAGACUAACCGCAGCUUUGAGGGCCUGAACCCCACAGAGGCAGCAAAGUUGAACAAUUAUUUACACUUCUCUGACCCCAAGAACCUGAAGAAGAAAUCCAUUUUGGAAAUGGCUGAUCUGAACCCUUCCAUCGACUUCCUGGAUCCUCUAAGUGAUGACAUUCCCAAAGAUAAUAUAUGAGACUUGGAGCCCUGAUUCGUAAUAACUUUUGGAAGCUUGAAGAAGCCUGGCUUGGUUUGUCCACCUCAUAUUUAAUACACAGUGUGGCAGUCUUUGCACAGAGAUGCAGCAUUUGUGUGAGGAAUCAAAUUAGUGAACAGCAAAGUACACACAUUUAGGUGACAUCACAUGAAAUUAAAGAAUAGGCUAGACAAAUACUAAAUGUAGCUAAUAACAGAUAUUUGUAGCAAAAGAUGUUAUUUACCUCUGUGUUUCUGAGGAUUGAGGGAGAACUCGAACACAAAGAGAAUUAUUUCUCUUCUUAUUAGUGUCAAGCACAGUCCUUGCAUAAACAUACAAAGAGCCAAUUAAAUGUAUAAUGUCCAAAUUUAUAAAUAACUACCCAUUGUUGUUGUUGUCGUCAUCACAUCCAGUAGA